GAUACAAUCACCCAGGAGACUGGAGUGAGAGCGCUGUCUGCUGCUGAACUGGACACACUCACACUGCUUGUGGACCAUGGAGGAGAGAACAGGACCAAACCAGGACCCAGGAAAUAUGGCUGUCAGCUCACACUGGAUCCAAACACAGUGCACAGAAACCUGUGUCUGUCUGAGGGGAACAGGAGGGUGACACACACACCGGGGACAGAGGAGCAGCCAUAUCCUGAUCAUCCAGAGAGAUUUGAGUCUGAGCCCCAGGUUGUGUGCAGAGAGAGUUUGAGUGAGCGCUCUUACUGGGAGGCUGAGUGGAGUGCUUCUGAGCGGGGACGGGUUUAUAUAGCAGUGACAGAUAAAGGAAUCAGCAGGAAAGGACGGGAUUCUGACUGUGGGUUUGGAUGGAAUAAAAACUCCUGGAGUCUGCAGUGCAUUAGAGACAGUUACUUAGUCUAUCACAAUGAGGGUUUCAUGGGCACACAUGUCCGCCCCUCCCCUUACCGCACACCAGCAGUGAUUGAUGGUGGUGAAGGAGUGUGUGUGUACAGGGUAGGAGUGUAUGUGGACCGUCCGGCCAGCACUCUGUCCUUCUACAGCAUCUCUGACUCUGACACACUGACCCUCCUGCACAGAAUCCACACACACUUCACUCAACACACACCCCUCUGUGCUGGAUUUAAAGUGUGGAACUCCUCAGUGUCCCUCUGCCAACUGGAGUAGAGACACACGCACUUACUCUUACUCUUACACUUACACACGCGCACAUACUCAUACACACACUGUCACACACAUAUGCACACAUGGACACAUAUACACAUACGCACGCACACACACACACACACACACACACACACACACACACACACACACACACACACUUACACUGGAAACAUACUUGAAUAAUCUCACACUACAUGCAUGUGAAGUGGCUGUGUCCCGGGCGAUAUUGUUCACAUGCUCGCCUGCUUCCUUUCUGUCUGACUGGAGGUUUUAAAGGUAUAUCCACUAGGGGGCAGAUCAUGGCUUCCCUUCAAAUGAUAACACCAUCCUUCCAGGCUUCCUGCCGUUAGUCAGGUCACUAGGCGUAAAAUGAAUACUGCCCCCGUGGUUUACGCGGGUAUUGCACCUUGCAGACGCGUAGCGUUCAUUUUUGAGGACGUGCACAAAGGACGCUCUGAAUGACCACAGGAUACGCAUGACAGCCAUUUUGUGUACGCGGCCACGUCAUUUAAAUCAAGUGUGUUUCCAGCCUUACUCUCACGCACACACUCUCAUACACACACGCACGCCCAUACACCCUCAUGCACGCACUCUCAUACACACACGCACACCCAUACACCCUCAUGCACGCACACACACACAUACGCAACCACACAUGCACACACACACACUCUCUCACAUGUGGUCACACACAUGCAUAUGCACACACACACACUUAUUCUCACACACACGCACGUAUCUCACACACAUGCAUAUGCACACACGCAAACACACGCACACAAUACACCCACACCCUCACAUGCGUACUCACACACACGCAAUCAUAUGCACCCACAUACACACACACAUACACUCUCUUCCCCACCUGCACACACAUACUUACACGCUCACACACACACACACACACAAACACAUCCGCUCACACAUACGCAGUCACACACAUGCACGCACGCUUGCAUAUGCACCCACAAACACAUCGACGUUCGCACACAAACACACACACGCACACACUCACAUACAUUCACACACUGUACACUCUCAUACCCACCUAAACACACACACACAGUCACACACAUAUUCACACACACACAUCAACGUUCGCACACAGGCACACACAUUCACAUGCAUAUGCAACCACACACUCGUACAUAUGACACCCACGACUGGCUUCAUAGACACUUGUGGUAUAAAUAAUAUUAAAAUUAUAUUAUUUAUAAAUAAAUAAUAUUUAUAAAUGGUUAUAGUCCUAUUGGUACAUAUGAUGAUCUUUUUAAUGUAUACAUAUUUAACACUGCUUCAGGCCUAUUGAAAUUGAAAGCUAUUUCACGUGUAAUGUCAUGUAAUCAUUUUAUCUGUAGUUAACUGAGUCCUCCAAGCACUCUGCUGGAGUUAAUAGGAAUUUUGUAAUGGCCUCAAGGGGGAGCUGUUGCAGUGGAGUGGGCGGUGUUAUGUGGGACUUCCACUGUUUCGCUUCAUUCCUGGUGAAGAGCUCAGAAGACUGAAAGUCUCGUUCUUUCUUUCCAUAUAAUACCAGGAAUUAAAACAUAUUCUGAUUGCCACCUCAAAUCCUGAGGUGUGUAACACACGCACACACAAUCAAUCACGCAUGCAUACGCACCCACACACACCAAAAACACUUAAACUCACGCACUCUCUCAAACCCACUCUCUUACAGUUUAUCUUGUAUACGCUGUGUAUUUCUUUCUUACUCUCUGUCAUGUGCGCGCACACACACAUAUUUAGACGCAUUUGCAUGUACACCCAGCCUUCAUUAACCAAUACCUAACCACACCCAAAAACUGACCAAGCCUUUAUACAACCGUAAUUUCAGAUGUACCCAAUAUUACCCUCAGUACUGCUUAAACCCUGUAUAUGAGAAUAUGAUCUCUUAGCAGGUUCAGAUUAAUCUCUUAGCUUGACGGGUAUCUAUUAUUUAUGUUUUGUUACGUGUCUAUAACUUACUAAGAUCAUAUGUGGCAAAAUACUAGCAAAAGAUGGCAGGGUCAAAUGCUACUGAAGUCGUAAUUCUGACUUUUGUAUCUUUAUGUAAAAGAAGGCAGUGGCCUCUAGUUAACAGUGCAUUUUAUCUGUUAUCAAUGUGUAAAAUUCUGUGGGCAAAUGCAGCUGAUCGGGAAAAUGCAGAAUGAUCACUGCAGUGUACAUAUUUCUUUUCAUUGCCGUAAACAAUAAUUAAUUUGAGUUUCCUUUUUUAUUGUCAUCUUUAUUUAGUUUGAACCUGUUGCUCAGAUUUCCUGCAUUUACAAUGAUUUUCAGUGAUUAAACCUGAGUUAUAAAAAUA